AGAGAGAGAGAGAGAGAGGGGGGCGUAAGGGACAAAAAAAAAAAAAAAAAACCCCAAAAUUCUGGUCUAGAGAGAGAAAGGAAAAAAAGAAAAAGAAAAUUUAACAAACCAAGUUCAGCUCACCUCUGCCAUACUCCAAAAUAUGGCUGUAUUUAGGGUUUUGACGCUUCUUUGAGCUCAGAAAUUCUCAACUAAAGAUCUCCAUGGAAAUGCCCGGUCGAAGAUCAAAUUAUACACUUCUUAGCCAGUACCCCGACGAGCAGCUAGCGCCGGCUCCGGCGCCGCCACCACCACCAACGUACUACGACCCGUCUAUUUCCAGUGAUUCCAAGGGCAACAAACUAAAGCCGGAUAGAGGCUUGGAUUGGGACGCUAGCGGUGAUCACAAAGUAAAUCAGCAAGCGAAUAGUAAUAGGAUUGGUAAUUUGAAUUUGUACUCGUCGAUCGGAUUGCAAAGGCAAUCAAGCGGGAGUAGUUUCGGUGAGAGUUCGUUGUCUGGAGAGUGUUAUGCGCCGACACUGUCAACGGCUGGCGGGAAUGAGAUUGAGGCUUAUGGAAACAUGCAUGAGGAUGGGAAUUUGAUGAGAGUGAGAGCGGUGGAUGUGGCGGUGAUUACGGGGACGGGUACUGGAUCAUCUGGGAAGAGCUGGGCGCAGCAGACGGAGGAGAGUUACCAGUUGCAGUUGGCGUUGGCCUUGAGGUUGUCGUCAGAGGCGACUUGUGCCGAUGAUCCGAAUUUUUUGGAUCCGAUGCCUGAUGAAUCCGCGGUGCUGUCGACUAGCUCCAACUCCCCUGAGGCCCUGUCUCAUCGGUUUUGGGUGAAUGGUUGCUUAUCAUACUUUGACAAAAUUCCUGAUGGAUUUUACCAAAUUCGUGGACUGGAUCCAUAUGUGUGGACUGUGUGCACUAAUUUGCUAGAAAAUGGUCGUAUUCCCUCUAUUGAGUCAUUAAAGUCUGUUGAUCCUAGUGCUGGUUCUUCGUUGGAAGUGGUUUUAAUUGAUCGACGAAGUGAUCCAAGCCUGAAGGAGCUCCAAAAUAGGGUCCACAGCAUUUCUUGCAGCUGUAUAACUACAAAAGAGGUAGUUGAACAGUUGGCAAAGCUUGUCUGCAAUCGCAUGGGGGGUUCAACCAAUGUGGCAGAAGAUGAUUUCAUCUCCAGAUGGAGGAAAUGCAGUGAUGAUCUAAAAAAUUGCUUGGGAUCCAUUGUGGCUCCUAUAGGCAGCCUAUCUGUGGGUCUAUGCAGACAUCGAGCAUUAUUAUUCAAGGUGCUUGCUGACACAAUUGAUUUGCCAUGUCGAAUUGCAAGAGGCUGCAAAUACUGUAAAAAAGAUGAUGCUUCCUCAUGUCUUGUGCGAUUUGGGCUUGACAGGGAGUAUCUAAUUGACUUGGUGGGGAAGUCAGGUUGUUUAUGUGAGCCUGAUUCAUUGCUUAAUGGUCCUUCUUCCAUCUCAAUUUCUUCACCAUUGCGCUUUCCCCGAAUGAAAUCAGCUGAACCCACCAUUGAUUUCAGGUCUUUGGCCCAACAGUACUUCUCGGAUUGCCAAUCACUUGAUAUUGUAUUUGAUGAUGCUUUGGCAGCUACUGUUCUUGAUGAAGAAGCUCCUGGAUUCUCUAUGUAUCCUAAGCAAAUUGAGAGGACAAAUGCAGAUAAAGAUAACCUUGUGCAAAUCCCAAUCAAUAGUAGUGAAAUUUCUCAAUUACCUCUGCCAAGGAAAGUUGAUCGAACAAGUGCUCAAGAUGAAAAUGCUCAAAAUUUUGGAUCAUAUAAUCCUUACCAGAAUAUUAAGCAGUCAACAAACAUGAUGAAAGAUCCCAUCUAUUUAAAGCAUAUCCCAACUAUGGGGCAUAGAGACGUGCAACCAAUUUUAUCAUUGUCUGCUCAGAGAGUGGAUACUAGUAAAAAUUCAAGGUUUUCUGAAGGUAGUCAACUGUUUUCUAGUAAAACUAGUUAUGAGCUUUCACUUGAUGUGGAGGAUUUCAACAUUCCAUGGAGUGAUCUCAUUCUGAAAGAGAGAAUUGGAGCAGGUUCUUUUGGAACUGUUCACCGUGCUGAUUGGCAUGGCUCGGAGGUUGCUGUGAAAAUUCUUAUGGAGCAAGAUUUUGAUGCUGAACGCUUCAAGGAAUUUUUGAGGGAGGUUGCAAUAAUGAAACGCCUACGACAUCCAAACAUAGUUCUUUUCAUGGGUGCGGUUACUCAGCCCCCAAACUUAUCCAUAGUAACAGAAUAUUUAUCAAGAGGUAGCUUGUAUAGGCUCUUGCAUAAGUCUGGUGCAAGAGAGCUAUUGGAUGAAAGGCGCCGGUUGAGUAUGGCCUAUGAUGUGGCAAAGGGUAUGAAUUAUCUCCACAAACGCAAUCCUCCCAUAGUUCAUAGAGAUUUAAAAUCUCCAAAUCUAUUGGUUGACAAAAAAUAUACAGUGAAGGUUUGUGAUUUUGGGCUUUCUCGUCUGAAAGCAAACACAUUUCUUUCAUCAAAGUCAGCAGCAGGGACUCCUGAGUGGAUGGCUCCAGAAGUUCUCCGUGAUGAACCAUCGAAUGAGAAGUCAGACAUAUACAGUUUUGGUGUCAUAUUGUGGGAGCUUGCAACACUGCAACAACCAUGGAGCAAUUUAAAUCCUGCACAGGUUGUAGCAGCUGUUGGAUUUAAGGGCAAGAGGCUUGAAAUUCCUCGGGAUUUAAAUCAUCAAGUUGCCAACAUAAUUGAGGCUUGCUGGGCAAAUGAGCCUUGGAAACGGCCUUCCUUUACCACUAUCAUGGAAUCUUUGAGACUAUUGAUUAAACCCCCCACGCCCCCAACUGGUCAUGCAGAAAUGCCAUUACUUAAUUGAAUAAGGUUGAACACCAGCGAAGUCUUCUUUUGUACACAAAAUACACAUUCUUUUGACAUUUGACAAUGGCAGGAGUGAUAUUAGAUACUCUCAGAAUCCUUGUUGUACAUGUCUGUUCUCGUUGCCAAUUGAGAAUUCUAAUUUUUAGCUCAACCUAAGGAACUGCACCCAUAGCUGCAUUACCCUUUCUGUGCCGCCAACAAAUAUGGUUUACUGUGGUGGAAAAGUUGUAUAAAGUUCUCUCAUAAUUUUUGUAUGUAAUUUGUUACUGGAAUUAGCUUAAUGAGAAUCAGCUUCCUGCACGUGUUUCGCAAGAGCUGAUUGUGCAAGUUAUGGAAAGUAUUGAUUUGCUGAUCGGAUCGAUUUUUUUUGCCCUUUGAUGCAUACAAGUUAAACAUAAUCUGCCAAAAGAGAAGGCUUGCUCAAAUCUAUUUUGCAGGUGAAACACCGUUGUAUUGCCAUUGUAAGUAAAAAAGAAUUCCUUCACCAGGAGUUAUGUACACCGCCAUUUUUGGUGAUUACCUUGUUGCAGUGAUUAUAAUCGAAUUCAGUUGCUUAUUUUAA